AGCACCUUCCCAGCUUGUACACUCCAUCUCCAGGUAGUUUGUUGGAUUUUCGAUAUCCCUGCUGCGUAAUUGUACCACUCAAGGUACCUCACUAGAUUAAUUGGAGCUUAAAUUCUUCUAUGUCUAUUUUCCAGCAAAUCGCCAAGGUCGUGUAUAAUUCAACUCUUGGUACAUCCAUUAAGAAGCGCAUCAUCCGAUCUUUUAACAAACUCACCUGUGUCACGCCCCCUCGAGGAUCAUUUCUCUAUCCUCCGUGAUAGGGUGACACUACUUCUAACCUCGGACCUGUCGUGUCUUCUCGUGGGCGGAGUGGUUCGAGAGCGCCAGCGUUAGGAGCUGGGUUGAUUAUACCCCUUAGUAUGUCCGACCUCUCCAUUAUCGAAUACUUCUUCGUUAGAUAAUCUCUCCACAUACGCUACACGCGCUGUCUAUCCAGAUAGUCUUUUCUGAAAUCUGUCCAAUUUAUAAUCACAAUCACUCUUCAGCAGUUUGCUACCUACUUACACGAUCCGUGUCUGGGAUGUGACCCCGCUUCGUGCCUAUAUGCUCUUUUUUCAACACCAUAAAUGCUUUAUAGCUCGUUCAUGACAUGUCACGAGCGUUGAGCAAGCUAUCUUCACAGUCAUCCAGACUCCGGCCGGGGACGUUCCGGCGAAUUUUCUCGAUAUCGCGUAACCGACUGGCUGGGUCGGAGGAAUCGUUGGUUCGUCCUCAGAUGGCUCAGCCAACUCAGCAAACCGCCGCCGUUGCGGUGCUGGCAGGGCCUGAAAAAUUAGCCAAGGUCACAAGUUUGAUGGGAAGGUUAACCGAAGACCUGGCUUCUAUCAGUCUGCUUCCUCAUCAACGAGAUUCGGCCUUGGAAGAACUCAAGGUAUAUAGUAGAGACCCUCGAGAUGCAGGUCCUAUUUUUAGUAAGGAGGGCGUCGAGACGCUCACUCGGCACGCUUUCAAUAGCCCUUCCAGCACCACAUCUAGGAACGCUAUGAGGAUCUUAUGCAAUGUCUUACUCCUGAAGCAAGAAACUCGGCAGGUGUUUGUUGAUCUCGGUUACGAAGCCAAGGCGUGCGAUAAGCUGAAGAGUGAUAAUCGCGACGAUGAGUUCCUGGCUUCUAGGAUCAUCUUUUUAUUAACGUAUGGCACAAACGCGAAGUUGGUAGACCUUAUCGACAAAUAUCAUCUAGCAGAUUCCAUUAAUAAGAACCUCGAGCGACACGCAAAGCACCGGGCGACGACAAGCGCGGCAACGGAUCCCAUGGAAGAUACAGCGCUGGCCCAGACUCUUCAGCUCCUUUUCAACAUUACUCACUAUUGUAAUAGCCGGGUCUCUUCGUUUACCCCCUCCAUACCUCAUAUUGUCACUGUGCUAUGCAAGGGCUCUUUCGCAACUCAGAAACCGUUGGAUCCUCCGGUCAACUCAUUAGUCAACGCUCUCCUUAACUUGGAAACCGGCUCCAAGGAAAUCCAAAGUUCUCUUUAUCCUCAGAACGACCCUAAUAUCCUAGCCAAUCACCUGAUCGACUUGCUUGCCCGUUCAACCUCGGUAUACAAGGACGAGGAACUAGAUGGGUCGAUUACACCCCUAAUCGGUGUUAUCUCUGCAAUUCAUGAACACGCGCCAACCGAUGCGAAGAAUUCGAUACGAUCUCGACUUUUACCAACGGAGGCAGAUAGAUCGCAGGUGCUUGGACGAACCGACUCCUUACCGUCUUGGCUCUUGAAGAACUCGACGAAUCCCGUGGCACCCCAACUACGCGAGACGAUAUCCAACUUAUUCUUUGACAUGUCUGAUAAAGAUGCGUCGGCGUUCGUUGAAAAUGUGGGCUACGGAUUUGCGUCGGGCUUCUUGUUCAACCGAAACCUUCCGAUUCCCCAGAACGCGUCUGAGGCAUUCAGCACCGCUAGGGGCGGUGCCAACAGACCAGUCAACCCUAUUACGGGGCAAUUUCUGGAUGCGGAGAGACAGCCCGAAGGUCCCGAGAUGACGGAAGAGGAGAGAGAAAGGGAAGCGGAGAGGUUGUUUGUCUUGUUUGAGAGGCUAAGAGCAAACGGAGUUAUAUCUGCCGAGAACCCAGUACGGACGGCUGUUGAAGAAGGCCGGUUUGAGGAGCUACCUGACGACUAUGAAGAAGAGCUAGACUAAAUCACCAAUUGCCAACCACCUGGGUAGCUAAAGGUGCUAGAGAGAUUCUUAUAGCUGGUUUAUGUGAAGCGGAUUGUGAUACUGUUAUUAGCAAGAUACCCGGAUAAGUUGAAAUGAGUACAUGAUUUUGUGGCAUGUAAGGAGGUGAAUCAGCAUCAAUGAUGCGAUCAUGCUAAGGGCUACAUAUAUACCUACCUAACCACAUAACGAUACUGGGAAAUAUUGAUGGCAUGGUGGUGUCGUGGGACAGUCAGGAGAUAGCAGUUAAAAUGAUUGCUUCUCCAUGAUAUUCAUUGUCAUAUGUUUAGGUACCUUUGACAAAUAGUGGCUGAUACACUGUAUUGCUUCAUUCUUGGUAUUUGCUUGCCAAAAUACUCUUAAUACAAACUUUCUACGUGA